GGACAGUGUGCAAACUGUCACACAGUCACUUAUAGUUAUAGUGGCACACCGACUUUCAAAUGAGCCAUUGCAAGACAAUGUACAGGAAGACUGCUGUAAGGUCACAUCCAAUGAUUCACACCAGAAUCAUUCUCAAUAAUUUCAGCAUCUUAAACAGAACCCAUCCAGAUCACUGUGACGCUCGCACACUGGCUGAUAGAGAGCUGCCAUGCUGAGACGAGGCAGAAACGGCCGGGCUCGGCCUUGGGCCAGGAGCGAAACACGGCGAGAGACAGAUGCCAUGGCAAAGAUCCAGAUGAUGGACAGAGAGGACUGGGAAUACCAGAUCACGGCGGAGAUCAGUGACAUGGAGGCUAAAGUGGAUUACCAUGCUGUGAGUUCCCAGGCUGUCUCUGACGUGGUGGCCUUACCCGGCACAGCGGCGUCGAUAGGGGAGUCGUUCUGCCAGUGUCAGCCACAGGAAGAGCUAAGCCAGGGAAUGGCUGCCAUCAGUGACUGCCUCUGUGGGGAGGAGGAUCAGAGUUUUGACUGGGUAUGGGACGAGCACUUCAAGUCCUCCGGCGCCCUCCUCAGCGGUGACAACAGGAAAGUGAGCUUCCACUCCGACUACAGCUGUGGCACAGCUGCCAUCCGCGGCACCAAGGAGCUGACAGACGGCCAACACUACUGGGAAGUCAAGAUGACCUCUCCGGUGUAUGGAACCGAUAUGAUGGUGGGAAUUGGAACAAAAGAGGUCAACCUGGAGAAGUUCAAGUACAACUUUGGCAGCCUGCUGGGCCAUGAUGAAGACAGCUGGGGGCUCUCCUACACAGGUCUCCUCCAGCACAAAGGGGACAAAGUGAACCUCUCCUCUCAAUUUGGUCAGGGCUCCAUCAUUGGCGUGCACCUUGACACUUGGCAUGGUACCCUGACCUUCUACAAGAAUCGGCACUGCAUAGGUGUUGCUGCCACAAGGCUCCCAAACAAUAAGUUUUACCCGAUGGUGUGCUCCACAGCAGCUAAGAGCAGUAUGAAGUUGAUCCGUGCCUCUCAUACACCCACCUCCCUGCAGUACCUUUGCUGCGCCCGGCUCCACCAAAUGUUGCCCUGUUGCCCAGACAUACUCAGUGCGCUGGAGCUGCCCCCAGGUCUACGCACGCUCCUCCAAGUACAACUGGGCUGGGUCUUCACCCUCAGCAGCAGCCCUGAGGCCUCGGAGCAGCACAGGAACUUGCCUGAGGAAUUCCAUGAUGAGACGGGCCUGCCUUUGAGCCCCAGCCCCACCCCGAGACCGGUAUCGCCCCUGAGUGCCUGCACCUCCCGGACCCUCUGCACCAGUCCGUUCCCUGAAGCCGUAUCACACCAGUGCCCCUGUCAGACGUCCCAUCGAACUCAACCUUGCACUUGCCACUACCCUCCAACUCCUCCCAGCAGCGACUAUGAAAGCUGCUGUUCAGAACCGGAGGAUUACCAAUGCAAACGAUGCCGCUGGACAUGAGUUGAGGUCAAAACGUUCUUUCAGUUAUUAAAGCUAUAAAGCUAUUCUACUAUUGCCAUUAAUGUCUUCUGAAAUAGAUCAUGAAGAAAAGAGUGAUCUUAUCUUUUAGCCAAUAUUUGAGUUGACAUGAGCGAAUUGUUGGUUCUCUUUUAUAACUAGACAUUUUAUACCAUUUAAAUAACUUUGUCCAUGAAAUGGGAAAAGAGAGUGAGACUUUUGGUCAAGUUGACAUUUUAGAGUGACAUUGGGGUCAUUCAUUCGCAUUUUUAGCAAAUUUCUAUUUGGGGAUUCUGGGGGCACACACACACACACACACACACACACACACACACACACUUAUUGUUCUCAGGAAUGGACUCCAGGGGGAGCGGAGUUGCUUUUUGAUACCAUGAAAUAACUUUUGUUUUGCUUGUACUCUGUAACCAGCAACUUGGCUUGAAUGUCAACAGUGGUAAUGUUAUUGCUUACAAGAUAAUUUGCUACUGUGUUUUUACAGUUUAUGCUUUGUUUAUGACCUUUCUUACUCAGGCAAUUCUAUAAAAUAAAUGGAAAAAGGAAAA